UGUCCUGCUAAUGAACUACAUUUUUAGACGCUGAAGAGUUUUUAUUGGUUUCUCUUAUGAGGAAAGCAAUGAGAACCCGAUCAGGUUCUCCUCCAAUUCAUGUGCACGUCAAUGACACCACACCUGUACAUGUACAUGUGAAGAGCCAGGGAACAAAUCCUGUCAGGACAUCCAAGGGGAAAACCAAAGACGACAGAGGAAAUCUUCGUCCAACAGCUAAGGUCAAAACGUCUGUGCCAUGGAAACCACCAGGAAAGACCUCAACACGGGAUGCAUCAUACAAGUGGGAGGGACCGACGCACUGUCUUGAGAUUAUCCCACCACUGCCUGAAACGGAACCUGAGCAGUCCCAGUCUGCCCUGCGAUUGGCUGACCUUACGUCAGAGGAAGAGGAAGGCUUACACGGACGAAUCAGCCAGUAUGAGAGGAAGAUUGACAGCUUACUGACUGAAGUAAGCUCUCUGAAAAAUGAGGUGGAACUGCGAAAGAAGGAACAGCUGCUAGAGCGCCAGUCAGAGCAACUGUGUGUUUCCCAGCGGGUGAUCGCCGAGCAGGAGGAGGAGCUGGCUGAGGUGACCAAGGAGCUGGAAGAGACAGAGCGGGAGAACACACGAUUACGCCAGUCCAUGGAAAAGAUGCUGGAGGAGACAGACUGUAACAGACUAGACAGAGACAGCAUGCAACAGGACAGAGAUGCUCUGCUCAGGAAACUGAUGGAGGCUGAGGUGGACGGAGCAGCAGCUGCCAAGCAGGUGUCAGACCUGCGAGAGUCUGUGUCCAAACUGUGCAGUGUUGGUAGUGCUAAGCUGUCUGGCACCGAGUCUUUACUCUUGGCCCGUCAGAAAGAGCUGUUGCUUCAGAAACUGGAGACAUUUGAGGCCACAAACCGAACACUGAGGCACCUUCUCAGAGAGCAGCAUGGAUUGCAGCAGAUGGAGUCAAUCCGACUGUCAGAGCAAAAGGACACUUUGCUGAAGAGACUGUCACAGACAGAGACAGAAAAUGCUCAUCUUGUGGUGAAACUUCAAGAGAAGGACAGAGAAGUUAAUCAACUCUCCAAACUUUUAGAUAAUGAGAAGGACAACGCCAAGAGUGCAGCAGAUUUAUCCAAGAGUCUGGAGUCAACAAGAGCUCAUUUACAAGGACAGCACCGCAGCAAAGAAGCUGAGAACAACCGGCUUACUGUGCAGAUAAAGAACCUGCAACGAGCAGCCAGCCAGCAGAAAGUGGAGAUGGAGCAUCUGACCGAGCAGCUGACAACACUGAAGCAGCAGGCCACCGCAGAUCGAGAGGCUUUGAAAAGAGCCACUCGAGCCCAGAAACAUCGAGCUGAGCGCAGUGAGGACACAGCAGGCCAGCUAAGCGUCCAGCUUCUGAACAUGGAGAAGCAGGUGGCAAAUGCCCUGUCAGCAGCUGAGACUUGGCAAAGUCGCUAUGCACAAGAAGUUAAAGACAAGAGUCAAUUGGAAAUCAAACUGUCGCUGUUAAACAGCCGUAUAGCAGAACUGACCGAGCAGCUGCAGAGUACUGAGGACAAAGGCAGAGCAGAGAGAGAAGUGCUGAUAGAUCACCUGCAUGGACUGACCACAGAAAGCACAGCUGCCAAACUGGAGAAUCAGUCCCUCAAGGCUACAGCAUCUGCAGUGGAAGAGAAGCUGACCUUGUCUCAGUCAGAGCUCCAGCAGGUCAAAGCUUCCAUCAAACAAUAUGAAAGUCUGCUGGACAGCUACAAGGUGCAGGUUGGAAAAACCCGAGCCGAGGCAGAUGAGUACUGUGCUCGACUGGCUCAAGCGGAGCAGGAGGCCCAGGUGGUGAGGGGGGAGCUGGAGCAGGAGAUAGAGGAGGUUCGCAGGGAGCUUCUGGGCCGACUGGCAGAGCUGGAGCCUCUUCCUGAAGCCUUGCAGCGCACCCAGCUGCUGCUGCAGGAGGCUCAGGACAGGGAGCGCAGCCAGGAAAGGCGCAGCAUGGAGCUCAGCACAACCCUGACUGAUCUCCGCAUGAAGGUGGAGACUCAGGGCAGCCAAAUGGAGCUUCUUAGACAGAAGAACAAGGUGCUGCUGGACGAGAACAGACAGCUUCAGCAGCGAAUGGAGAGUUUGGAAAGAAAACUGGAGGAGGCUGGCAGUCAGAACAGUGACCUGCUGGCUGUUGUUGCCAAACGGGAAGAAACGAUCCAUGGCAAUCAACUCCGUCUGGAAGAAAAAACAAGGGAAUGUUCACUGCUGAGCCAAAAGCUGGAGGAGGCUUUAGAUGAUGCUCGCCAACAGAUGUCAGAGACCAGAGAACGUGCAGCAACCAAAGAGCGCUCCAUCCAGUCUAAGAUGUUGGACCUGGAGACCCAACUUAGCAAGACUACCUCAGAAAUCAACCAACUGAGACGCAGCAAAGAGGAGGUGGAGAGGCGAUACCAGAGCCGACAUCAGGACUUGAAGGAUCGCCUAGAGCAGUCAGACAGCACCAACCGAAGCCUGCAGAACUACGUCCAGUUUCUCAAAGCCUCUUAUGCCAAUGUAUUUGGAGAUGUAGCUCUCAGUAGCACACUGCGGGCCCCCUCACCCAUCUGAGAGCACAUAUUCCACUGGAUUAAAAAGUGAAAUUCUGAUUUUUUUUUGCAAUCAUAAUAUCGAAUUUAAAAAUGCCUUGAUGACAUAGAGGAGGUAAUAUAUAGUAAUAUUCUGUGGCAUGCUGUUUACCGUGCUUCCUGCCACUCAUACAGCUCCUUGUUGUUGUCUAAUGGACACUAAGAAUCUAAUUUUUUAACUCUCUAAACCUCAAGCAGUUUUUGGCUGUUCUGCUCCAGUCACAUUUUUACUCAUUGUGGGCUCAUUUCUCACUACAUUAUAAAGUCCUGCACCUCACGGAAAACUGCACAGCCAUGGCUACAAGUAGAGAGAACUCAGAAAAAGUAGUUUGUGCACAAUAGCAAACUUACAAGGCCAUAAAUCAUAAAACAGGAAUCAACAUAUUCAGAAUUUUCCAACUGACCACAGGUGAUAGCAACACUGAGAAAAAGGUGUUCCAUGUGUUUUUUUGUUGUUUUUUUGUAACUAUUUACAUAUUUACAGCUUCUAUAAAUGUUUUUCAGACUGCUCUGUGCAUUCAGUUAAAUUCAGUUCAGUUUUAUUCAUACAGUGCCAAUUGACAGCAUAGUAUGUUAUCUCAUAGUACUUUAUAUACUAAGGUAAAGACCUUGUGAAUUUUAAAAAGGGAACAGAGAACCCAACAGUCCAUAGUUGUCUUUGGAUUCCGUCUGAACAAGCAGUCAGCGACGGUCGUGUUUCAACAUCUACAGUCAAGCCACCAGAAGGACAAAUAGCGGACCGAUGCAUUAACUCUGCUCUGCUCUCCACUCGUCUCUACUCCAGUCUAACCCAUUCUGCUCUCUUGUCGACAUCAAGUCCAGAGAGAUCUUUCACCAUGCUGAAUGCAUCUUCCAACAACACACUGGCAACUUGCUCCCCUGUGUAUUGUUUUUGAGCCAUACUGCAGUUAUUAUUUUUAUUGAUAAAGUGUGUUUUAUUUUCCUUUCAUUGAGACAUUUCUGGAGUUCUGUAACAUUCCAUCAAGAAAAUUCACCAAAUCUAAGCUUUAAAUCCUGAUUAUAAACAAAAAUUGUCUACUCAACUGUGUAAUCACAGCCUGCAGUUAAUCUCAUAUUUUGAAUGUUGGUCUCUCACAGCUUCU